CCUUCCCCUUUAACGGAUCCUCCCUCCUCAGGGAGAGAGAGAGAGUCGCUGCACCUCUCGGAAGCAGUUCUCUGAGAGAGGAGUCGGUAGAAGACAGAGCACACGCUGUGUGGACCUCCAGGCUGACGAGAUGUCCAGUGAGGAACAUUACACCUCUGCCCAGGAGAGCGAUGGGAUCUUCGCUCGCUUCACGAACUUCGCGCACACCAGAAAAGGCUUGGUCUUACUCGCAGAGAUGGUGGUCAGUCUGGUUGUCUUCAUCUGUUUCUGUGCCUCUGUCCAGGGUGGGUAUUCUGUUGCCCCCAUCAUCGAACUCAUCUUCAGUGCCAUCUUCUUCAUCAUCUUCAUGAAUCAGUUCGACCAGUCGCUGCCCUUCAUUCACUGGCCUUGGACGGAUUUAAUCCGCUGUGUGAUUGCAGUCAUCAUCUACAUCAUUAUUUCCAUCAUUGCUGUUACCAGUGGUUAUGGAGCCCGUAUUGCUGGCGGGGUUUUUGGGUUAAUUGGGGCUGCAAUCUUCGCCUAUGAUGCCUAUCUCAUAUUCCCCAGUCUGAAGAAGAGGCAGCAAGUACCCGCUGACACCGCUCCGCCCGAUUAUUCUCCCUAAUUUGGGGACCUGAGACUUUGAGAUGAAGAGAUGGUCGUGGAACCUGAAUCUGGCUUUGUAUUCCCAGCACAGCUCAAAAUGGAAAACCCAGGAAGAUAUCCGAUAUCAGCUCACUGUCUUUCCUCAUCCAGAGCCCUGUAUUAACCUGAUUCUGAUCCCGUCCCCAUCCUUAUCCUCAUCUCUUCCCCAUCCUGAUCCCCAUCCCCAUCCUUAUCGCUCUCCCCAUCCCAUCCCCAAUCCCCAUCACCCUCCCCAUACCCACCAUCCCCAUCCCCUCCCCCUUUGGAUCCCUCACCAUCCCAAUCCUUCCCUCCUCAUCCCGAUGCCCAUCCCUCUCCUACUCCCCCUCUGUCCCACACCCGCCCAUUCAAACCCUUCCAUCCGGCCUUUCCCUGUCCCCCAAUUCCAAAUCUCCUUCCUCGCCAGUUUCUCACCCCAUCCUACCCCAAUCCUUUCCCCUCGCUCUUGUCACAUGCACCUCUUCCUCCUCCAUCUCUCCACUCUUCCUGUCCAUUCAUCCUGAAUCUCGCCCACUCUUGCUCCCCAUUCCUUUCCCCUCUCCCUCUCCCCUUAUUUCCCUUCCCUCUGUCCCAAGCUCUCACCCUCUACCACUCACUCUCCGAAGCCUGCACUGGUCCCAGUUGUUGGGCCUAACAUUACUUGAAGCCUGGGACUCGACUAACACCCUGCCCUCCCUGCUUUGAAAUGUAGUCCCUUCACUGUACACCUGGAGAAUGGACCCUUUGGCCUACACUCCAGUUCAUAUUUUUAUUUAUAUAUCGUUUAAUAUCAGGCAAACAGUGUUCCUAAUUUAUAUAAAAUUAGCUUUUCAGGGGGAGCUGGACGUUGGAGUUCUGGCCAUGUUCCCACUCUCACCUUGAGGCCUUGUUAACUGGAGAUGGUUUGUCAAAUCUCCAGGAUUGGACCACAGCUUCUAGGAUGGGAACAAAGACACAGGAAAAAUUCAUCCCAACUAUUUCUUGCAAAAAUAUCAGAGAUGGUGGGAAAAUAACUGGUCAAGAUUAAUCCAAUUGGAUAGCCAAGAGCCUGUUCCCCUUUCCAAUUGGCCGUAGGGAUGGACCAAUGGUGGCAGGGUAUGUUGGGAAGGGGGAGGGAGGUCAGGGGAGGGGGGAGAGUGACAGCGGAGGAGAGGAAGGUUUGUGAGGAAGAGGGAGGGGAUUUGAGGGCCAGACCCAACCCGAGGAGAUUGAUUCAGUCACAGGCUGCAACUCUUCUAAGGGCUGCUGCAGCAACAAUAUUCUUGCUCCUAGAGACAGCUUGUGUAGAAAGUCAAUGUGAGAUUGGGGUGGAAGUGGUCCAGGGACUAAAUUUGGCAGUCAGAGAUGAGAAAUGAGCAUCUGUUUGUUGGUCAUAGAGCGGGCUUAAUUUUAAGCCAUGAAAUCAUGAUGAUGUGAGCCAGACUGCCGGAGGUCCCUGGUGCCUGUGUUUCUGGCCCCAGUCCAACACUGCCCCCACCGCCCCUACCCCACCACUCCCCCCCCAACCAUUUUGAUUACGUUGGAACCAAAAAUCUUAAUGGUUACAAGGAGAAGUGAGAGAUUGUUGGUAUAUUUCCACCGCAAUUGGAGCAGGCUAAUUGGCAAUUAAAUCGAAUUUCUGUAAAAUUAUACAGAGUGUUGGCAAAGGGGUAAGAGUCCAGUUUGCUUGGUGUGUCAGUUGGACAGGGUUGUUGAUGUUAAAAGUGUCGCUGCAAUGGGGAUUUAAGGUUGGUUGCUGCUGCCCACUUGUCUCAGAGGAGAUUGAUGAUGCUGGCUUAGACCCAGUGACCAUUUCCUGAUUCUCACAACCCAGUUCCAAUUAACAUUCCUGAUUUGCCAUAACCGCUUCUUUGCAACACCUCCACACGGUCUCCCUCUGGCUCGGAAAUCCCCUGUGGGUCUCCAGUCUGUCUCCAACCCCUGCCCCCAUCCUGAGGCCAGAGUAUCAGCCUCAUGGCUCUUCUCUCUUGUACUGUCCCGCCCCAUCCAGCAUUUGAGCACCUUCUCUCACUCCUUGUGUCUCAUUGGCCAGGGAGCAACCUCUUCCUCUGGAUCACUUGCCCCAUUACUCAGAGAAGAUGGAGAAAGGGUGAGGGGAAGAACAUGGAACUUGCCCAGCCUUGGCAGUGACUCCAAAAGUGCCUUAACAGAGAGCAAGAAUAUGCGAGUGGCUUCCAUUUCUUUUGGAAAGUCUCAUCAUUUCCUAUGUCUUCAAUGGUAACAGUCGUGUCUUAGUAUUUUUGGGAGGGUGGGUUAAUUUUAAUAUUUCAUUUGCUGGGUCAAGCAGGGUCAUAAUACUGGCAUUGAGCUUGGAUCUUGUGGAUUGAGGCGAUGGAACCUCCUUUGGGCAUCAGCUGAACGGUCAAAAGGUGUGAAGGCUAAGAGGAGAUUUGGUGGAGUUUAUUGAUGAAAUAAAAGAUUACUUGGAGAGUUUUUGACCAUGCCGUCUAUUUCUGGUCCUUGAAUCAUUUCAUCCGGUUGCCGGACCCCAAAGGGAUUCCAGUUGUCUCAUUGCUUUGUUUCUGAUAUAAAUUCACUGGUUGUAAUAUAGUCAGUAUUUGUGUGUCGGUGUAUGUUCACUGGUUGUACUCCUGUAAUCCCGGUGUCAAGCCCUGUCAAUGAAGCAUCUCUGUUCCUAAGCAUCAGGGGGAAUUCUCUUUUCUCUUAACGCUUUGUGCCAAUUGUAGCCAGGGAUUCCACCCUGAGACAACCCCUAGAAUGGAAGCCUCGUUCUUUGUUAACUCACCAAGGACCUCAGAAGGAUCAUACUGCCACCACAAGAGUACACCUUGGCUCAACACCUUCCCCUGCUGGCUGGAAAUAACAACUGCGGGGCAUUUCAGUUUACUUCACUGCUUCUGCCACUGAUACUGGCAGCACCUGAAACAGGCGCGCAGAUUUACUUCCCUCCCACUCCCUUCUCCGGAAACCAGAAAAUCGGGGUAUCUCCCUUGUACUGAGAGGCCGCCUCUCUCCGAUCUCCGCAAUAGAUUCUGGGAAUGGGGUGGGCUGACACGGGGAAGCAAGCAAAGAUCAAGAAGCAUCGCCACCUUAAAGGCUCCAAGUGAAUCGUCUUGUCCAAUUCAGGUUUUUGGCUCAAAGCUUGCUGCGUGUUAGUUUAACAAAUGCCUGGCCCACCACAGGGUUCAUCAGGUAAUAAAAAAUGAUUUUUUUUUUUCCGAA